CUAGCUAGACUUAUUCCCUAUAUUUGAGGUUCAAGAACAUGAAGUUUUGCACUCACCACCUCCACAGAGCAAGAGAGAGCUACUAAAAUGGCAGAAACCGCUUUGUCCUUGGCUCGUCAGCAUGUGUUUCCAAAGCUUUUGGAAGCUGUCAAUAUGAUGAGAGAUCUACCAAAAGAAGUUGCAGAGCUUAAAGAUGAACUUGAAAGCUUUCAGUAUUUCAUCAAUGAGACAGAUGAAGUGGUUGAAGCUGAAGAAGAUAGCAAUAGGCGCGAUAGAAUGAGUAAAAGGUUGAUGAAGCUGAGAGAAGCAACCUUUCGCAUGGAAGAUGUCAUCGAUGAGUAUGUGUUAAUUGAAGAAAACCAACCUCAAGAAGAUCCUCGAUGUGUGGCUUUACUCUGCGAGGCUGUUGAGUUCAUCAAAACUCAAAUCUCUCGCCUUCAAAUAGCACACAAGAUUCGAGAUGUCAAAUCACUUGCUAGUGCUGCAAGAGAUGGUUUUGAAACCCAUUUUCCUUUAGACCCAAGGCCAAGCAAUUCUAGAGGAAAUGAAAACGUCAAUUGGGACAAACUUCGAAUGGAUCCUCUCUUUGUUAAGGAAGAUGAGGUUGUGGGGCUUGAUGGUCCUAGAACUAUAUUGACAAAUUGGUUGAGAGAGGGACGAAAUGGACGCACUGUGAUUUCUGUCAUAGGCAUUCCAGGAGUUGGAAAAACCACUCUUGCCAAGCAAGUUUUUGACAAGGUCCAUAACGACUUUGAGUGCCAUGCAUUGAUCACAGUCUCUCAGUCCUACAGUGUUGAAGAAUUGUUGAGGGAUAUGAUUCAGAAACUUUGCAAGGAAAGAAAAGAAGAUCCUCCACAGAAUGUUUCUAAGAUGGGCCGAAGCUCUUUGAUAGAGGAAGUAAGAGAUCGUUUGCACGAGAAGAGGUAUGUUGUCUUGUUUGAUGACGUAUGGAAUGAAAAAUUUUGGGAUGAGAUUGAAUCUGCUUUAAUUGAUGAUAACAAUAAAAGUAGAAUAAUAAUCACAACAAGGUACGAGAAGGUUGCGGUGGUCUGUAAGAAAUCUUCUUUUAUUGAAGUGCAUAAGCUAGAAGAACCUUUGAGUGAAGAUGAAUCUUUCAGAUUGUUCUGUAGGAAGGCAUUUAUGUAUGGUUCUUCCGGAGGCUGUCCAGAAGAACUCAAAGACAUAUCUCUUGAAAUUGUUAGGAAGUGUAAAGGUUUACCUCUAGCAAUUGUGGCCAUUGGUGGAGUCUUGUCCCAGAAAGAUGAAAGCCCACAUGAAUGGAAACUGUUCAAUCAAAAUCUAAGUUUAGAGUUGGAGAGGAAUUCAGAAUUAAACAAUAUAACAAAAAUAUUAGGCUUAAGUUAUCAUGAUUUGCCCAUGCAUCUGAGGUCAUGUUUAUUGUACUUCGGAAUGUACCCGGAAGAUUGCGAAAUUGAAUCAGAUAGAGUGAUUAGGCAGUGGAUGGCUGAAGGAUUUGUCAGACAUGAAAUCGGAAAAACAUUAGAAGAAGUUGCAGAAGAAGAUUUAUUAGGGUUGAUCCGUAGAAAUUUGGUGCAAGUAUCUUCAUCUAGCAUUGAUGGGAAAGUUAAAAGAUGUCGUGUACAUGACUUAAUACAUGAGAUGAUCCUCAGAAAAGCGAAGGAUAGUGGGUUUUGUGGGUAUAUUGGUAGAAAUGAUGAAUGUGUGUCAAGUGGGAUUGUUCGACGUCUGAUAAUUACUGCAGAGGAUGAUUUAAUUGCAAGUGUUGAAAGCUCACUCAUUCAGUCAAUUCUUUUCAUUGAAGAAAGGCGUACGACAUUGACUGAGGAGGACUUUGUAAGAAAAAUCAUAUCAUCAUCAGUAUGGACUGAGGACAUGGUAAGGAAAAUCCUUGCAAAUUACAGGUCAUUGAAGGUACUUGACUUUGAAGGUGCUUAUAUAUCUUGUGUUCCUGAAAAUUUUGAGCAUUUAAUCCACUUGAGGUAUUUAAGCUUGAGGAGAACUGGGGCAAUGAGUCUUCCAUCCAUUGGUAAGCUCCAUAACUUGGAGACCUUGGAUAUACGAGACACAAAUGUUCGUUAUAUUCCAACGGGCGUUUACAACCUUAGAAAGUUACGUCAUUUUCUUGCUGACGAAGUAACAGAAAUUGAAUGGAUGUAUAUUGGACGCCUGAAAUCCCUACAAAAGAUACCUAUAGUAUCUACAACUGAUCUUGGAGAGGCCAUUAGAGAGGUAGGAAAGUUAAAGCAGUUAAGGGUUCUGAGGGUGAAGCAUAUUGGUAAAGAUGACGAGAAGACUCUGUGUUCUGCAAUAAAUGAGAUGCAACAGUUGGAGGCAUUACAUAUUGAAGCAGCAGAUUAUUAUAUCAGCGAUGUGAUUGAUUUGAACAUUACAUCACCUUUAUCUAGACUUAGAAAGCUUUUCCUUGACAUUAAGUUAAAAGGAUUACCAAAUUGGAUUCCCCAACUCCAAAAUCUUGUGAAAUUGAACUUGAGGCGCACUGUCUUAACUAAUGAUGAGUUGCAAUCACUAAAAGAUAUGCCUAGGUUGUUGAUCCUCCACUUAUGCUUCGGUUUUAAAGGUGAAACUUUGCAUUUUCAAUGUGGAGGGUUUCAGAGACUAAAGAAAAUGCAUCUGGAUUAUUUGCUUAACCUGAAUUCCAUCCUUAUUGACAGUGGAGCACUACAUUCUUUGGAAUAUUUGUGGUUAAAACGCCUCCGUAAACUCAAAACAGUACCCGUUGGCAUUCAACACUUGAAGAAUCUGAAACUUGUCCAAAUCACGUCUAUGCCAACUGAAUUUGAGCUGAGUAUUCUUCCCAUUGCAGAACAACAGCAAUGGAUCCUCCAAUAGAAGAGCACAAAACUCAAGCACAGAUCAACGCAAGUCUCUAGUACAGAACUUUGGAAAUAAAUAAGUACCAAAAUGUUAUGGAAUAGUUUCAAAGGUUACAAUGGAAGAAGCAAAAAGAAAGGUACAAUCAGACGUCUUUUUUAUGCACUACUAUAUAUAGUACAACAAAGAGGACUGUUUCAUAGGAAGUAUCUGCAAUUUUAACCUCAUUAUGUGUGAAAAUGAUAACAUACAAUCAGUGUAUGCACAUACUAAAGCAACAUACAUCCAUACAUAUGAUUAUAGAACAUAU